GUUUUAAGACCCACAGACACCGACUGAACACAUGCGCGGGCUGGACCACGAUCGCAUUGCGCAGGUCUAGGAAAGGAUCAUCACUGGCGAUAUACGGACACAGGAGCGGCUCAUGAAUCGGUCUGCCAGGUCGCAUCGCUCCACCAAGAUUCCAGGCGUGCGGAUAAAGCCUCCCCCUGCAGUGGGAGCCGAUGCAAAGGCAUCGACAUCCCGAAGGCGUCUCGAAGACGAGGGUGACGGGGAGGCCCUCGCUCACUACAGGCAGCUGCGUGAUGGCGUGCUCGAGGAAGCCGACAGGAGGGGCAAGAGGACAAGGCAGACCUCAGGCAGGGAGGAAGAGGAGGACAAUGAGGAGAGCACAAAGCCGCUGUUGGGCUGCGUCCUUUGCAUGUCAGGCGUGACUGGCGACAAGGGAAUGCUGUCAAGCUAUGCUACUGCCAUGGGAGCAAGGGUCGAAGGAAACCUGACCGAAGAUGCUACGCACCUCAUCGCCCCCAUGCCCGGCUCGGAAAAGUACCGCUGUGCAGUGCAGCUGGGCAUCCCCAUCCUGAGACCUGCAUGGGUUGCCGAGCUACGGGAGAGGUGGACAAACUUCGAGGAGUAUAAUUUCGAGCAGUUGAUGGAGCAACACAGGCUGGGUCCGUUUGAGAACUUUGGUGUUGGACUGGCAGGCUUCACGAAUCGUACCGAGAGGUACGACCUGCGACAGCGACUGCAAGCAGGCGGCGCUGCAACGCCAGAGGUCUUCACGCUCGACGGCAAGAUCACACACCUCAUUUCGGCCACGUCCAAGACGGCCGACUCAAAGACGCUCAACCUCCUGACAACGUAUCGAAGAAAAGCGGAAAGGUUUCUCCGAAGGGGCGAACCUUUGCCUUCGCUCCAAGAGCAUGGAGCUCAGGAGAUCCACGCCGCGCACGAGAUCCGCAUUGUCUCGAAGGACUGGCUCGAGGAUAGCCUCGAGAUGGGCGUUUGUAUGGACACGGACCUGUACGAUAUCCUUGGUACGUCCAGAACAGUCCGGCAGAGAGACGACUUCAAGCGAGGAAUCGAGGAGGCCAGACAGAGGAGCGAGGCUAAGCUACAAAGGAACAUGGCCGCGGCCAAAGAGAGAGCAGCGAGACACGUAGAGGAAGCGGUGGGCGUGCGAAGGAGAAAGAAGGAAGAGGCGACGGAGCCAGGCCGGCCUAGCAGACCGCUGGGUCCAAUGUCUGGCCUUCUUGCGCCGAAUGGCGACACCUCGUCUUUGCGUGACGUGGCCAAGGAGAGCCAGGGGCUAUCGCAUGUGAAGCAGAGCCGCCUGCAAAGCUUGUCGAGGGAGAAGAGCUUUGGCCAGGCAGAGAAGCUCUCUGCGUCGUCAGAUGUGGACUGUCCUCGCGCAUCUCCAACCAAGCCUCCAAUUGGCACGGAAAAGACACAAAAUGCCAUCUCCGAUCACGUCGAGAUCGAUUCGGCCUCUGGCUUGGGCCAGGAAGAAGGGCCCAUGACAAGACACAAGGACUGGACUGCAGCAGCGUUCAGGAUGGACCUGAAGGAUGAGGGACGAAAUCAGCGAUUGUCGAAAGCACUACGCCUGAGCAGCGUCGCUAAGGUGGUCUCGCAUUACGAUGACAGCCAGGAUGCUGACUUCUGCGUCGUGCCGCUGAGCUGCGUGGAAAGGCAUGAGCAAGUGGGCGACAAGCGAAGAGGGGCACUAGUCACACACCUCUUCGUCGAGCGAUGCAUGCACGAGUCCCGGCUGGUGGACGCCAAGGAGUCCUUCGCGCUGCAACCUUGCCCCACUGGCUUUCCUGUCGCUGGCGCCCGUGACACGUUUGUCGCCGUCACCGGCCUGAGUGAAGGCAUCGAGCAGCAUCAGGCCCUCGCGGCACUGAAAGAGGCAGGCCUUCAGACGUCGUCGACGCUCAAGAGAUCCGCCCACACCCACCUCUUGUGCGGCUCCGAUGCCGAUCGGAGCGAGAGCUCGCGGCUCAAGCGGCAACGUGCAAAGGAGUGGGGCAUCCCAAUCGUCGGGCUCGACUUCAUCCAGAGGAUCUACUCGGAGGGAAAGGUGGAGCCGCCUGCCUCUUCGUCAGCGCUGAAAAGAGCCAUUGCGAAUCGACCCCUGGGACAGACCCAAUUUCUCAAGGCUCGCUCACUCAACAGUGACGACAGCGCUUCAGUGCCCGGAGGCGAGUCCCUGGGAGAGACACAGCGCUUUGACGAGGAAUCCAGUGGUGCCGAGACGCCCGCUGCCGAGGAGAAGGCGACAAGAGGUCCUGUCACUGCUAACAGCGGUGCACGAAAGCACGAAGCUUUGCUGCCGCCGCAGGAGCAGCCAGGGCAAGAGCCUAAGAGAGCUGCUGCUGCUGCUGCUUCACGUUCCGAGCCGUCGCUUGGCGAUUCAGGCUCGCUCGCGACGAAUGGAGUCGCGCAGGAGGUGCUCGAUCUCAUCAAUGGCAACGCUGAGCGACAGCCGCGGCGGCGCGACAGCAGCCCUAAUCCACGACGGGUCGAAUCGGGUGCCUCGUCUUCCUCUUCUUCUUCAGGCCACACUGACCGGACGAAGAGGACUCGAGGAAAGCAAGGCCCUCCCGCGAGACGACGAGGGACGAGUAACGUCGAAGAGCAGGACAACGCAGAAGAGAUGCUGGCGAGACAGAGAGAGGCGGAAAAGAUGCGUGCGGCCCUCAUGUCGCAGCCACAGACCUUGUCGAUGCACGACUCGUCACUCAGAGUCGUCUAUGAAGACCCGGCUUCCAAGAAGGCAUGGAAACAAAUGAACGAUCUCAUCGGUGGCGUCAACAACAACAGUAGCAGCAGCAGCAGCAGCACAGAUUCCCAGACUGUCGAGCCAAAGUGAAGUGCCAUUUCAUUGGUCACAAAAUAAACGAAUCAGUUUACAUCUUGG